AUGUCGAUUGUUUCGCUACUGGGAAUCAAUGUACUCAACAAUCCGGCUAAAUUUACUGACCCCUAUCAAUUUGAGAUCACGUUUGAAUGUCUCGAACCAUUGAAGGAAGACCUUGAAUGGAAGCUUACGUACGUUGGAUCAUCGAGAUCUCUAGAACAUGACCAAGAAUUAGACUCUGUAUUGGUGGGACCUGUUCCAGUAGGAAUAAACAAGUUUAUUUUAACGGCAGAUGCACCAUCACCAGAGCUCAUUCCAGCAAGUGAGCUCGUUUCCGUGACCGUUAUCCUACUUAGCUGCUCUUACAAGGAACGAGAGUUUGUCCGAGUGGGAUAUUACGUGAAUAAUGAAUACGAUUCGGAGGAAUUGCGUCAGAACCCGCCGACAAAAGUUCAGGUGGAUCAUAUAGUGAGGAAUAUUCUUGCUGAGAAGCCCCGGGUGACGAGAUUCAAUAUUGUGUGGGACAACGAGAGCGAGAACCCGGACGAUUUCUAUCCACCGGAGCAACUGGAGGAGGAGUUAGAUGAGGAGGAUGGUGGGUCACAGUACGGAACUUCUGAGGGGGAAGGUACAGAAGAGGGAGAAGGUACAGAAGAGGGGGAAGAAGCAGACGAAGAGGCAGACGAGGAGGCAGAUGAGGAAGCGGACGAGGAAGCGGACGAGGAAGCGGACGAGGAAGCAGAAGAAGAAGCGGAAGAAGAAGCGGAUGAGGAGGUAGAAGAAGCAGAAGCUUCACCAAACAAAGCAGAACAAGUAGAAGAAACGAAAGUAAAAGAAGAUGAUAUAUCUACGUCUGCAGAAUCGGCAUCCAAAAAGAGAAAGACAGAGGAGAGUGAAGUCACCGAUAAGGAUGAAGAAGAAGAUGAGACUAAGGAAAUAGACAAAGCCGAUUAA